AUGGUAACUCACACUUACUAUUGGACAAAUUCUAGUGUUGGGUGUUUAGAGAAAACAGUAAAAGAAGCAUAUCACAUACUCUGCAACAAGUGUGCGAGCGCAAAUGGUGUUUGUGCCAAAUGCCAAGGGGCUGUGGACAUUAAAUCUGGAGAAUCAGAUCAAGAUUCAAGGAACUUGGAAAAGAUAUUACCACUACUAAGCGAGAGAAAACGACGCACCUAUUUAAGAAAGCUAGAGAAAGGAGAAGAGAUAGACAUAACUGCAGA